GAGACAGACAGACAGUAGGAGAGUGUCUGAGGGGAGGAGAGAAGAAGGGAGGGAGAUAGAAGGUCAGAUAGCGAAAGGGAGAAGGAAAGACAUAAGGAAAUAGGAACGGAGAGUGCGGAGGGGUGACAGCCAGAACCUGGACAAGACAUACAUAGCCUUGGUCCUGGCAAGAGAGGGAUGAUCGAGAAAGAGAGGGAACGGGCAGAAGAGGGAUAAGCCAAUGAGAGCUGGAGGAGAGGAGAAAGGUGUGUGCGGGCAGAGGAAGGAAGAGAGAGCAGGUGGGAGAGAGAGAGAGAGAGAGAGAGAGAGAGAGAGAGAGAGAGAGAGAGAGAGAGAGAGAGAGAGAGAGAGAGAAGAGAAGCUGAGGAAAGAGAGUGGAGGAAGGAGUGAUGGUCCAGGAGUUAUACAGAGAGUGAUGUGCUAGUGAGAGGGAGGGAGACGGGAGGAGAGUAGCAGGGAUCAGACACCUAUGUAGGGGGAGAAAGAAUUGAGAAGUGCCAGAGACGGAGGGAGGAUAGAGAAGUGAGGUGGUCAGGGAACAUCUGUGCUAGAUCUGUGCAUUCCCAGCGUACACAUGAAUGCUGCCCGCAGGUGAGUGGACGCUCCAGGACUCAGCCACUGAGCAACAUGCAGCUCACACAAUGCUGCUUUAUAUUCCUGGUCCAAGGCAGCAUCUAUCUGGUGAUCUGUGGCCAGGAAGACUCCUCAAGUGAGCCAGAUGAUGAAGAUCCAUCAGAUGCCAAACACCAUGCCAGGCCUCGAAUCUCCAGGAGACGUUCUGCCUCUCCAUCACGAUCUCGCAACUCCAGCCCUUUAAACUCAACAGUCCUUCAACUUCUCUCCAACUCUCCUGAAUUCUGGGAUGUCUUGAAUAGCCUUUCAGAACUGGGUCAUAAUCAGGAACCACCAAUUCCAGCUAGGGUCAAGCGUCAAUCGAUGCUGAGGUCAAUGGGAAGAGCUAAGAAAGUCUUUGGUUGGGGGGACUUCUACUCCAACAUCAAGACAGUUAAGCUCAAUCUUCUCAUCACAGGAAAGGUGGUGGACCAUGGGAAUGGGUCCUUCAGUGUGUUCUUCCUCCACAACUCAACAGGCCAGGGAAAUGUGUCUGUCAGCCUUGUCCCACCAUCCAAAGUCCUUGACUUUGACUUGGAGCAGCAAAUGUAUGCAGAAGCAAAGGAAUCAAAGAUUUUCAACUGUCGUGUGGAGUUUGAGAAAGUAGAUAAAGCAAUUAAAACAGGUCUCUGCCCCCAUGACCCAUCAAAGACAUGCCACCAGCAGCAAACUCGUAGCAAGGUUUCAUGGACAUGCUCACACCCAUUCAAGAUUGUUUGUGUUUAUGUCUCAUUUUACACAACAGAUUACAGACUGGUGCAGAAGGUCUGCCCUGACUAUAAUUAUCACAGCAGCUCCCCAUACUCACCAUCGGGAUGAAUACAAUGAAAUUAUAAAGUACUGAUAGCUGUGGAAUAGCCUAGUUUUGGCUAACUUUGGGUCUAUCUUUUUAUGGACUUCCUGUGCCUUGGUCUGGUCCAUUGUGGUGUGUGUACUUGUGGAGAAAGUGGACAGAAAGCUGUGUAAGUGAUGUGUUGGACGUGAAGCUUGAAUUAUGUCAAUAUACCCAAUGAUGUAACAACUAUAUUGUUGUCUCUUAGUUCCUAACGCACCCUUAAAAUAAACUGAUAUGGUCUCCCAGAAGCUGUAAUUAUAGGAGCUCCGGAGUGUCUACUAUGUUUGCCUCCAACUACAAAUAAAAUGGCUAGUUUCUUCUUUCCAAUAAAAACCACAGAAAGGUUUAAGCUAGUAUUAAUGUUGUCCAAAGCUGAGUUUCUUAAAACACAGUCAGCGAAGAUAGGGUGGAGUGAAGUUCCUGCAAAAAUAUUACGCUACUGGUUGUGAAUAAUCUUGUCUUACUUACUAAACAAGCUACUUACUAAACAUUACAUAUGCAUUGCCACAUUUAGUCGAAUUGUCUGUGCAGAAAGAUAGUUAAGGAGCCAGGGAUGAUAUGCAUUGACUAAUAAUCCACAACAGUUAGGUGCCAGCAGAAAUGGUAUUGGUGCUAUGGCUACCUGUCUCAUGGAUCUUUAGCCCCAGUGCAGUUAUUCUUAAAACACAGCUAGCACAUUAUUAGUCAUUAUUAGUCCACAAUAAUAGUAGGAAAUAUUUAAUAACAGACUUCGUCAUUCUACCUGUCACUUAUACCAAGUUGUUUGUCACUCUUUUCCUGAAUGAUACAGUAUGUGUCACUACUGUCUACCAGUCAAUCUCCACUUUAAGCUUAUUCAUCACUUUUAUUCACUUACUCUACUACUACUCAACUGCAGUUUAUCUCACUGUGCUCCACUGGGACCAAUUUUUCUUUCUAUUUGGCUUAUAUUGUAUGUUACAGUUUCACAGGACUUUCUGUUUUGUUGCUAGAAAGCCUUAAAUUCAAAGGAAAAAGCUUUAUCUGUCACCUACACACAGUGGUGGCAGCCAUUUUGUUGACUGAAACAACAUACAGGAGAAUCCAGUAUAUCAAUUCAUUAGGAACUGCUGACCUCAUUGUCAUAAAAACUACACCAUUUUCUUAGUUAGACUGCUUCUCUGGAAUAUUGUUUAAGCGCACAAAAUGGCUGCCUUGAUGAUGUUGCUAGUUCUAAGAUAAUUAAAAAACUUCAACUUCAUGAAUGUUGAUUCUACUCAUUGGCUUCCUCCACUGUGUGAAAGUAACGGGUAUACUUUCAUUUGGUGUGGUAUGUGAUUAUCCGUUAACCAAGAAAAUGAAGGCACCUCAAACCCAAGAGAUAUUAAGGGAUGCAUUGAUGACUAAGAUUUAUUAAUGUAUUGUCAGUGAUCAGCUCUUAUGCAGAAGUACCUAAUGGGAAAUAUCCCAUAUUAUUCAUUUAAUCACCAAAGUAGACUUUUCAGCAAUACAGAAUUUGAAUAUAUUGUUAUAUUAGGAAGUGAGCACUUUACUCACACAAACGUAUUUAAUAACGGGGCUGUAAAAUUAUCACAAUCUCAAAAUAUUGCUUAAAGGGUUGUGAUAGGAUAUUUUUUUAUGUCAUGUGUAAUGUGUGUUAUAUUCUGUAGCUGACUCCUUUUGUUUCAGAUAAGCUAAGUAUAUGCUAUUGGUUACGGGUGUAAACCUCACUUAUUUUGAAAUUAAAAACGUAGGAAGGUUGCCUUCUGCCUCUGAGGUCUGCUGUGACAUGCCUGCUUUAACCUUCCUCAUGGGACAAAUCACUGAACAUGUCACAGUCAUUACAUCACUCUGCUUUUUCAUAAGAGCCAACCCAUUAACUCCUAUAUUGCUGGAUCAAUAAAAUUCAGCACAAUUAUCUUCAAAGAGGCUUUAAGAGUCUACUAUUAUCCUUGAUGUUUACAACUAUACCAUAUGUAGUGGUGGGAGAUGUUGGUUAUAUCAUUAUUGGGGUUCUGUGCAAUAUGGAAAAUAUCUCUGUACGUUAAUCGCAUAAAAAAUACUGUCCGUGAUCAAUAAACAAAACUGCUGACUGUA